AUGUUCAAAUCCUUCCUCGUUAAACCCGCAGUCGUGCGGCGGGGCUUGUGUGCACCUCGACGAGCUCUGCACCUCGCCCCGCCCUUCCUCCUCGACAACUAUAUUCCCCGCUACCACUUCCUCUCCUCCGCCGAUGCCGCGAAAAAGCGCUCCGCUGCCUACGCGCAUCUCCGACAAUGUAAUCUCUGCCCGCGCUUGUGCAACGUCAACCGCUACGAAACCACGGGCCACUGCCUGAUUGGCGCGGAAACCGUCAAGGUAUCAACCAUUGCACCUCAUUUUGGCGAGGAACCCUGCCUUCAAGGCCACAACGGCAGCGGGAGCGUGUUCUUCAGUGGUUGUAAUCUGCGCUGUGUCUUCUGCCAGAAUCACGACAUCGCGCAUCAAAAGGUGGGCUUCGAUUUGACACCAGAGGAACUGGCCGAGUGGAUGGUCAAACUCCAGGAAGUGGGCGGUGUACAUAACAUCAACUUUGUCACCCCUGAGCAUGUGGUUCCGCAGGUUGCAUUGUCGAUAUUACACGCGAGAGAGAUGGGCUUGAACGUGCCGAUCGUGUAUAAUACAAGCGCAUUCGACAGUCUCGAGAGCUUGAAGCUCAUGGACGGGCUGGUGGAUAUCUACCUGCCGGAUUUCAAGGUUUGGAAAAAUGCCACGAGUAAGAGGCUUUUGAAGGCGGAUGCGUAUGCCGAUGCGGCAAGGGAGAGUAUUACCGAGAUGUAUAGGCAGGUUGGCGAUCUGUGUUUUACGGCAGACGGAAUCGCCAAAAAGGGUGUGCUUGUGCGGCACCUUGUGAUGCCGGGCAAGGAAGACGAGGGUGUUCAGAUCAUGAACUGGCUCGCGGGCACGUUGGGCAAGGAUGUCUUUGUGAACAUCAUGGAGCAGUAUUUCCCGACUGCUCAUGUUGGAAAGGAGAGGAGAGGGUCAAAGGGCGAGCGGGGUGGCGAGAAACGAUACAGUGAGAUCAAUCGACCCGUCAAGCUCGACGAGGUCGGUGUCGUGCAGAAGGCAGCAAAGGACGCUGGACUCUGGAGAUUUGCAGAAGCGGCCAGACAUGGCGGGUUCAAUAUCUGA